AAUCCACAGAACUGGCUGCUACUUCCUUGCUCACACACAACUACACACAAGAAAAGGCAAAAAGUAUUACCAACAAAAAAACAGAAAGAAAAAGAUGUAAUUAAAAACAAAGAAACAAAGAGAUUUGCAAAAAAGCAAGAAAAAAAAAAGCCUUGUGCUCUCUCUCUUUUUCUUUUCCUUGUAGCCUCUGCUAAGCAUCUUUUCUUCACUUCUUCCUGUGCUUUUGCCUCUCUCUCUCCAUUCUUUCUCUCUUGGAAUACAAUUUUCUUGUAGUUUGUUCUCUUUUGCUUCUCUCAUUCUUUCCUCCUCUUCUCCCUCUUUAAGCUUCUCAUGCAAUUUGCUUCUUAUUUAUUUGUCCCUUGCUUUUAUUUCUAAGCAUUUGUUUCUUUGAUCAGUAAAGUCUAGUUCCUUUUCUUUUUUUCCCACCCUUUGGAUUUAUAUUUAAAUUUCCCACCUUUUCUAUCCAAAUUAGAUGGAAAAUCCUUGUGCUUUGGAAUUUACAGCUCCAUCAUUUAUGGAUUGUUUUGACAAAUUGUAAAAAUUUAGUCUUGAUUUCAGUUUCUUGCUUUUUUUUUUUUUUGGUUCAUAUGGUCUUGAUAUCUGUACCCUUUUUUUAAAUUUCUUUUCUUGUAUAAUUCACUGUGGAAUCUUCUUUCUUUAGCUUCAAAUCCUUGAAUUCAGUCACUCACUUUCUUUGGUUUUUUUGUCUCUUCAAAUGGUCUAAGUUUCUGUGCUUUUCUUCGAGUUUCUAGAUCAAAGGUCUGAACUUUCUUGAUUUACAAGUAAUUUCUUGAAUUCUCUAUUCUGGGUUCUUGUUUCCAUGGGACUUUGUCAUGGAAAACCCGUUGAGCUCCAACAAAACCAAUCCAAAAACAACACGCUCUCCAUUGAAACAGACUCAACAAAGCCACCAAAUUCACACACUAGGAAGAACUCAAACUUCCCUUUUUACAGUCCAAGUCCAUUAUCUAGUCUCUUCAAGACUUCACCUGCUGUAUCAAGUGUAAGCUCCACUCCUUUGAGGAUUUUCAAGAGGCCUUUUCCACCUCCUUCCCCUGCAAAGCAUAUACGUGCAUUGCUUGCAAGAAGGCAUGGCUCUGUUAAGCCUAAUGAAGCUUCAAUUCCAGAAGGAAAUGAGAUUGAUAUUGGUUUGGACAAGAAUUUUGGGUUUUCUAAGCAGUUUGCAAGUCAUUAUGAGCUUGGUGAGGAAGUGGGGCGUGGACAUUUUGGGUAUACUUGCUCUGCGAAGGCGAAGAAAGGAAGCUUGAAAGGCCAGAAUGUGGCAGUCAAAGUUAUUCCAAAGUCUAAGAUGACCACUGCAGUUGCCAUAGAGGAUGUGAGACGAGAAGUGAAAAUAUUACGGGCUCUAACGGGACAUAAGAACCUAGUGCAGUUCUACGAUGCCUACGAAGACGACGACAAUGUCUAUGCUAUAAUGGAGUUGUGCGAAGGUGGCGAAUUAUUGGAUAGGAUACUCUCAAGGGGGGGAAAAUACUCAGAAGAAGAUGCAAGGACCGUUAUGGUUCAGAUAUUAAGUGUGGUUGCCUACUGCCAUCUCCAAGGUGUCGUUCAUCGUGACCUGAAGCCUGAGAACUUUCUCUUUACCACCAAGGAGGAUAAUUCCACAUUGAAAGCCAUUGAUUUUGGACUCUCUGACUAUGUAAAGCCAGAUGAAAGGUUAAAUGAUAUUGUGGGAAGUGCAUAUUAUGUAGCUCCUGAAGUUCUACACAGAUCAUAUGGAACCGAGGCAGACAUGUGGAGUAUUGGUGUGAUUGCUUAUAUUCUUCUAUGUGGUAGCAGGCCCUUUUGGGCCCGGACAGAAUCUGGAAUCUUUCGAGCUGUUUUGAAAGCAGAUCCAAGCUUUGAUGAAGCUCCCUGGCCUUCUUUAUCUCCAGAAGCUAUUGAUUUUGUGAAGAGGCUGUUGAACAAGGACUAUCGGAAGAGACUAACAGCUGCUCAGGCUCUGAGUCACCCAUGGCUGGCUAAUCAUCAUGACAUAAAGAUUCCACUGGAUAUGAUUGUGUACAAGCUUGCAAAAGCUUAUAUAUAUUCUUCUUCCCUACGAAAAUCUGCUUUGAGGGCUCUGGCGAAGACGUUAACUGUUGCUCAGCUAGCUUUCCUACGGGAACAAUUUACAUUGUUAGGGCCAAGCAAAAAUGGCUUCAUUUCUAUGCAGAACUUUAAAACAGCUGUAAUAAAGCACUCUACAGAUGCCAUGAAGGAUUCCAGGGUCCUCGAUUAUGUUAACAUGGUUAGUUCUCUUCAAUACAGUAAAUUGGAUUUUGAAGAAUUUUCUGCUGUUGCCAUAAGUGUGCAUCAGCUAGAAGGAAUGGAUUGUUGGGAGCAAAAUGUUAGGCGUGCCUAUGAAUUGUUUGAGAAAGAUGGAAACAGACCCAUUAUGUUCGAGGAGCUUGCCUCAGAUAUGAGACAUUCUGAUGGUAAAUUAACCUUCUUGGGGUUUGUCAAGCUUCUCCAUGGAGUUUCGUCACGAAUAUUUCAGAAGGCUUGAAGUGAAUCCUACCAACACAAACUAUUUUGUCCACUGUCCUGGUCCUCCUUGAAACUACAAUGUCACGAGGGGACUAAAAUGGCACGACCAAUUUAACCCAAAUCAGGCUCAUGUUCUCGUAAUCAUAACAAAGGGUACCGCUACCGAUGAAGCCAUGCACGACAUGAUCACAUGUUAAGUAUGCUUCCCACUUUCUCUAUGAUCGGUGCAACUGGGAUUAGAGGAUUGUACAGAUGAGGGAAGAUCAGAAAAGUGGAUUUAGGAUUAGCAGACAGCUAGCUUUAACUCGAGUGAGCUCUGUGUUUUUGGGUUUAUCCCUUGUGUACCCAUCGCACUAAGUUAUCUAAUAAACCCUUCAUGUGAUCUGCAUGAAGUUAUCAAA